AUGGAGAACCCAGUCUUGAUUCAGAAAGCUGCUCGAAGAUACAAAUCUGCGAUCCCAUUGUUUCUGUUCCAUGAUGGUGGUGGAACAGUUUUACCCUAUUACUUUCUCGAAAGCUUGAAUCGCAAUGUAUGGGGAAUAUCAUAUCCGCAUCUUAAUGAUGGCGGAAUUUUCGAAAAUGGUAUCAAAGGAAUGGGCGAAUUUUAUGCUGGGCUGAUCCGAGGAAAAGUCUCCAGAGGAAAAGUCCUGCUCGGUGGUUGGUCUGCGGGUGGAUCUAUAGCAAUCCAAGUCGCAAAGUGUUUGGAGAAUAUUCCGGAAAUCUGUGUCGCUGGUACAAUCUUGCUUGAUACGCCAUUUCCUGAUUUCCCUGACUGGCGACCAAAAGAUGCGCCACCAGUCCAAUUUCAUAUACCAGUCGCUCCAGAUCAAACAACUCAGAGCAGAUUAGCGCAACAACAAGCCGUCAAUGAUAUUAUCCAUGCACUACGACCGCCGCCCGCAGUAUUUAUAAGGGCACUAGAGGUAGUCCCAACAGAGAAGGUUGUAGAAGUCGACUGGUUUCGUGGAGAGUAUGCUUUAGGGUGGCUUACCUGGGUUAAGUGCGAAGCUGAGGGAAGCUUGUGA